AUGGGUGAUCCCUCUGGCAAUGGCAAGGGUGGUUUUGUGUUGUUGGAUGGCGAGACUUUCGAAGUCAUAGGCAAUUGGGAGCAGCCAGGUGAAGCAGCACCGUUUGGUUAUGACUUCUGGUACCAGCCUCGCCACAACGUCAUGAUCAGCACUGAGUGGGGAGCUCCAAAAGCAUUGGGAAAUGGCUUCAACCCUGCAGAUGUCAAAGCUGGUCAUUAUGGACAGCGCCUCCAUGUGUGGGACUGGACCACACACAAGCGGAUACAGACUCUGGAUCUUGGGGAAGAGGGUGCUAUUCCUCUGGAGAUCCGAUUUCUGCAUGACCCUGCUGCGGCUGAAGGAUUUGUGGGCUGUGCUCUUCAGAGCACCGUCUUCCACUUCUACAAGACUCGGAAAGGGGACUGGGCAGCAGAGAAAGUGAUCCAAAUUCCAAGCAAAAAGGUGGAAGGUUGGGCUCUUCCUGAAAUGCCAGGUCUCAUUACUGAUAUCUUGAUCUCACUGGAUGAUCGCUUCCUGUACUUCAGUAACUGGUUGCAUGGAGACAUUCGACAGUAUGACAUCACUGACAGGAAGAAUCCACGUAUGGUUGGUCAGGUCUUCCUUGGGGGCAGCAUUUUGAAAAAUGGACCAGUGAAAUUAUUGGAGGACAAAGAACUGGAUAGUCAGCCAACCCCACGGAUACUGAAGGGAAAGCGUGUGCAGGGAGGCCCUCAGAUGCUCCAGCUUAGCUUGGAUGGAAGACGACUGUACGUCACCACCUCUUUAUACAGUGCCUGGGACAAGCAGUUCUACCCUGACCUCGUCAAGGAGGGGUCAGUCAUGAUGCAGAUUGACGUGGACACAGAUAAAGGUGGCCUGAAGCUCAACGAGAAUUUCCUUGUGGAUUUCGGAGCAGAACCAGAUGGUCCUGCACUUGCCCAUGAGCUCAGAUAUCCUGGUGGAGACUGCACUUCUGAUAUCUGGUUAUGA